AACAUAUCUACCAUUCUUGCUUAAACCAUGAACGCAGCCAUCCUUGCUCGCUCUGCUCUUCGCACCCGUUCCACUGCGCGCCUCAUGCGCUCUGAUCUCUACCACUUUGAGAACACCAACGGUCAGAACAUUCCUUUCAAGACCACCAACAAGGUUGGUCUUGCCGUCAAGAUGGCCCUUUACCUCGGUUUGGGCUUCGGUGCUCCUUUCUUGGGUAAGUUCAGCUUUGUAUAUUUAAUGGAACAACGAUCGUCAAGGCUAUCAUCAAAGUUACGAUUGUGAGGUUCCCUCAGUGAUAUGACCAAAUGAACAUUGCUAAUCGGAUUAUUCCUUUUCACAACUUUGUCAAUAGGUGCUGCUUGGCAAUUCCACAAGGCCUCUUCUGCAUAAACAGCUCAAAACUGUUUUUACAUGGGGUCUACUUAAGCAACGUUUAAAAUUGUAGAUUGUGAAUAAAUUACGUCUUUUAAAUUACCUUCUCAAA